AUGUAUUCUACAUCAUCACCGUUGUGCCUCGCUGGAAGUGGCACCUCCGGCGAUGGCCCACUCCUGCAUUCCUCUUGCUUGAGCGUAAUCCGGUCGUGGACUUUGGCAUGGGACCUCUAUCCAGGAGUCCAAGAAACCUACUGGAACGGGUCUCUGGUUGAGAACAAAAAGAUCGAGUCGAUGGCCAAACACCUUUCAAACCUUCGUACUGAUUUGAAUCUGUCAACCACUGCUCUUAGCCCCAGAAGUAUGCAGCAAAUCUUCGAUGACGAGAAGGAACUCAAGAAUCUAGCGAUCAAAUGCUCGGAGACUUCAGAUGGAUUGAUCGAGGAGCUUCACUUGCUUCAGAUACAAGGCCCACCCCGGGAACGGCAGGCUCUGGCCAGAAGUCUCAAAGGGUUGUGGAAGACAGGCACCAUUGAGGACACCCAAAAGAAACUGGAUCAGUAUCAAAAUAAUCUAGAUACACGAAAAUCGCGUCAGCUUCAAGAGUGGUACGCUUCGUCCCAGCAGCAAUCGAAUAAUAUCCUCAGAGCGUUAGGACUGGGAGAGGCUGCAUUGUAUGAAGCAGAAUUGAAAGACACCACAUCAGGUGUAUCUGAACUCGGUCGUGCAAUUCGGGAGGUCUAUCAAGAGCUCAAAAGCCAAUCCAUGGACUCUAAUACCUUUCCUGAUGAGGAUGACGUCCUUGGUGAAGAUGACUUGCCUCAUGACGAUGACAGCAUAUACUACCCAAUGCCAUCUACGCCUAAAGACUAG